GUUUGUGGUGAUGAAGAUCCACUUUUAGACCAAAAUUGGCUAAAAAAUCGGCACCAAGGAUUGGACGAGGCACGUCAGCGAGAAUGAAUACCCAUGGAAAAAUACGGCGUAAACCAAGAUCUAAAGUGACUGACUUUUGUCCAUAAGUUGCAAUAGGUGUAUGAUUGACAGCUUGAAGAGUGAUCUUUGAUGGAAAUUUACGCUGUUGUGAAGAAGGUGGAAGGACACUAACUUCAGCACCUGUAUCAACAAGAAAACGAGUACCAGUCUUUCGGUCAGUAACAUAGAAAAGACGACUGUGAGCGGAGGAACCAGACGAAGAGGCCGCCUCUAAUCGCUGGUGGGACCGUUUCCCAAAGACGAUGAGCGAAAAGAACAUGGUGACUGACAUUUUCUUGCAUUAACACCAAAACGCCAAUGGUACCAACAUUCAGAAUUAGGGUGGCGAGAUCGACUUGAACUGCGAGAGGGGCGACGAGAACCAGAUGAAAAACUGGAGCGACGAUAAGGAGAACGACCACGAGAGGAAACUUGAGAUUGUAAAGCCUGUACAGCAAUGGUUAGCUGAGAAAUUUGCUCUUGUAAAUCGCUUGUUGAAACUGAAGGUGUUGCUGUGGCAGAAAGGGGGGACAGCAAAGGUGACGAUGAAGUAACGUCUAAAAUCUUAUCAGCAAGAGUGGCAAGUUGAUCUAGGGAAAUUGUAUCAGCAGAGGAAACCAAGAUGGGUUGAACAUUAGUCGGUAAACGUUCGAGAAACAACUGACGAAGAAUACGCUCCUCGAGCUCUGCAUUGCCUAAAAGCUGUCGCAUUUUGCGAAAAAGUUGGGUGGGUUUUCGAUCACCGAGUUCCUCUGCUACUAGUAACUGAUGAAGACGUUUUCGCUCCGAAACAGACGUACGCUUGAUAAGCUCGGACUUGAGGUAGUCAUAUUGUUGAGAAGUUGGUGGAUUAAGUAAUAUGUCGCGAAUCUCUUGAGCAACUUCUGGCGGAAGCAUGGAAAUGACAUGGUGAUAUUUUGUCGAUUGAGAUGUAAUAUUGCGUGUCUGAAACUGAGCCUCAACUUGUGCAAACCAAAUAGAAGGAUCGGAAGGCCAGAACGGAGGUAGCUUGAGACUAACAGAAGUGAUGUUCGUAGUGGAAGUUGAAGGAGUUUCAGAGGAAGUUUCGGGAGUAGACAUGAUGUUGGUGUGUGAAGUAAACAAUGGCGCAAGGAUAAAAUCAAACGUAAACAAAUGCAAUGAAGACGUCGUGGUUACCAAUUAUGGAGGCCCUUUAAGAUAUCUAUAUACAUAAAAUAAAUGGAACGAACUCACCGCUUGAGAAUUUAAUCAAUAAACAAAUCUUUCAUUUCUCUAACUCAAUUUCAUUCCUCGAUCCUUACGAACUCAACUAUCACACCCCAUAACAAAACUAAAAUCAACUAAACUGUUUCCAUGGAUAUCAGUUAAUGUGCAGUGCAAUUAGAAACAACAAAGAGUAUUUAAAAUGCGUUAAAACAAUGGUAAUUAUGUGUGAACAAUAAGAGGACGUGAAAAUGCAUAUAAACAUAAUACUAAUGAGAACAGUUCACCACAGAUCUUUCUUUUGUUAAAAAAGUUUGUUGGCCUAUUGCACUAAACUGGGUGAUAGGCUUAUGUCUAUGGCCUUCCUAUCCCAUUGAAAAGCCCCCGCCCCCAGUAACUGCCAAACUAUGAUGGAAUUUUUUCAUAACAAACAUAAGACCUAAGUAUGAUUUUCUUCAGUAAAACUCAACAAAAUCUUAACGUGUUAUAACUGCUGCUGUCAAUUCAGAGAAAUUUCCAGCAAAACUUAAUCAAUAUAAAUCGGAUUCUACAAGUUUGAUUAUAAAACCCUAAGUCUAAAUGGAGUGUUACAAGAAACAUUCUGAAAUUCAACUAGAAUUAGAGCAAGGUAGAGAGAGGAGUAUUCUUGUAGACUAGUACGAUGACCAGGGGAUGAAAAUUUCUUUCUAUUGAAAAACAGCUACCGCAAAAGAAUGCGACGCGGCUAUGCUCAAAGAGUAAUUCUUGCCAGCGGUUUACAGGGUUUUUGAAAAUCAGAUUCCUGGUUUAUUUUCUUAUUUUCGUAACAAUCUUUCAUGCUAAGCUGGAGAACAAGUCACCAACUUGAAGUCAAGAGCAUCUUCCUUCACGCCUUGUUAACAAAUAACCUUCAAACUUUUAAGUUUGAAAAGUUUACAAGUUUCCCUCCAUCUUCAAUUCUUCGUUAAUGUUUUGUUUCUCCUUCUUUAGCCGCAGCCUCUAAUCUAAAACUGUAUCUUUGUUUGAAACAAAAGACAAUUGUAAUGCUGUUAUAAAUGUUUAUAAAUACAUUCACCCUUUGAAAUCUCUGUGAGAUAAAUCCAAUCAAAAUUCCAUACUGGCCAAUCAUAUUCGAUGAAUGCAAUCACGUGCAAGUAACGCACGUAAAGGAUAAUUAAUUGGAGUAAGGACAGGAAGAAUUUAGAUAAGUUUCUUCAAAAAUUUGAUUGCAACAGAAACUUUUAGUCACGUUGGCUCACCAGUUUAGAUUUACAGCAUCGUCUUACUUAUCAAGUGGUUAUUUGCUUUUCGUUCCAGAUAAAGGGAGAUCGACAAGCUCAAUUAGAAACGGUUGAGUGCCAGCCGCAAUUGCCAAGGCGAAGACACUUCAAGCCUGAGUGAUCAUCGAUUCACCCAACUGACUUACGGACUGGAAAAUCAUGGCACAUGCAGGUCAUGGAGGAAUCAACCAGCUUGGUGGAUUAUUUGUCAAUGGGCGACCAUUACCUGAUCCAGUUAGAAGAAAAAUAGUUGAGCUGGCACAUCAAGGUGUUAGGCCAUGUGACAUAUCUAGGCAACUUAGGGUUUCCCAUGGAUGCGUUAGUAAAAUUUUAGGACGUUAUUAUGAGACAGGAUCCAUCAGGCCUGGUGUCAUUGGAGGGAGUAAACCUAAAGUUGCAACUCCUCUAGUGGUCAACAAAAUUGCAGAUUACAAAAUUGCAAACCCAACAAUGUUUGCUUGGGAAAUCAGAGACAGGCUGCUGGCAGAUAAUAUUUGUUCCCAGGACAAUGUUCCUAGUGUUAGUUCAAUCAAUAGAAUUGUUAGAAACAAAAUAAAUUCUAGUAACAUGUCACAGAUGAGCCAAAAUGAAUUGGGACAGGAAAUCAAAACAGAACACCAGCAAGCUGGUGUACCAGUUUUAUUACCUGGUGGCUUUUCACAGUUUCCAGGAAGAGGAGGAGCUUACUCAAUCAAUGGUAUUUUAGGGAUUGCCAUGGCCUCUCAGUCAGGCCAUUCCAUGGGAAGUGUAUCAGAAAGUGGAGAAAGAAGAGAAUUAUCUAAGUCAGAACAUCAAAAUGGUUUUGCAGAUGUGCAAAUUGUAAAUGUUGAGUCGAUGGCUGCACAGCAAAUCCAACUUGCGCAGCAGCAAAGUCAGCAACAACAGCAGCAACAACAGCAACAACAACAACAACAACAACAAUCUCAACAACACCAGCAGUUGCAGCAGUCACAACAGCAGUCUGGUUUUGGACAGCACCAGUAUCAAGUUUCCAAUGUUCAUAUCACUCAAACUGGUCCCAGUACUAAAAGGCAGACUCGCAAGAACAGAGUGAAUUUCACAUCAGAUCAGUUGGAAGUGCUUGAAAAGGCAUUUGAAGAAACAGCUUACCCUGAUGCCAUCAAGCGAGAAGUUGCCAAGUUAGCAGACUUGCCUGAAACAAGAGUGCAAGUUUGGUUUUCUAAUCGAAGAGCAAAGAUGAGAAAGCAAGAGAGCUCAUCUAAAGAUGAUGAGAAUAUUUCCCAUAUGCGGUCAAAAACAGCCAUUCAUCAGCACACCAAUUCUACUAUAAUUCCCCCAACCAGUCUUGCUUUCAUGUCAUCGUCAUAUGCGGUGCAAACUGGUAUUGAAUCAGAAAGUGCAGCUUAUCCAUCUCAUGAACUUAAACCACAUUUAACAGAACUAAGGCCAAUAGCAGAUUCAACACUGGGAAACAUACAAAGUAUCUUCAUCCCAUCUUCACAGCAGAAUGGAUAUGAAAUAAUCUCAAACUCCUCUUUCUUGACACCAAGUCCUCAACCUAACCCAAUUUUCAUCGGAAUAUCUCAAAGCACAUCUCCAAAAAUGAAUGAAAGUGAAAGUGAAGAUACUGUGGUGAAUAUUAAGACUGAGACGCCACCAAACACUCCUGCUACUGAAUCUACUCACAUGUCUUUUUCAACAUCCCCUUCAAUGAUAGAUUCACAGCCAGCUACACUGACCCAGUUGUCAAGCUCGUUUUCCUUACCCCCUGUCAGUACGCUGACCAAAAGCACUAGUGAAGCAGGAGAUCCGACUAACUCUGAUUAUGACCAGCAAUACUCCUCAGAUUGGCUAAGGUACCCAACGCCAAAUCUAAUUGGUAGAACAGCCCAACUAACCGCUAACUGGGCACCAAAAACUAGUGGGGCUAUCCUGGUUGAGCAGACAAAAUAGUUGGUCUUCACAAAUAUCAAUUGGCUGAGAUUUUGCCGUCAGUAUGAAUUACAAGGAAGCUUCUACAAAGCCCGGUGUACUCGGUGAGCAGUAGCGUAGCCAGGGUGGAAAGAUUGGGGGGGAGUGCAAAGGCGAGUUCAGCAAGGGAAAAUUGGGGGUCCACGCCUUUUUGAACGCCAGAAAACGCAAAAGACUUUUUGCCAUUUUGGGGGCGUCUCUUGCCUCCCCCUCGCUACGCCACUGUCGGUGAGGCUUACUGCGUGUAACUCCCGUCCUGCAAAUUUACAGAUUCAUGCUCAUGAUAUUGUCUCAUUGGUUGUGAAGAAAGCUAGUAUGCUUAAGAUUCUUGUACAAUCUAUAGUCCAGUGACAUCUGGGUGCCAGAUAUAGAUUUCCUGCAGUACCCUGCCAACUUUCUAUACUCGUAAGAAGGAGGCGUUCGGUGGAUUCCGCUUACCUCCGAUUCACUAGCAAUUUUCUACCACUAUUAUAACGAGUUAGUCUGUCUCCCAUAGCACUCACCUUCUGUACCCCGUUUUUUAUCCCCCUAGUCAAUCUUGCCAAAAGACCCUAAUUUCAUAUCCAUAAUUUUUGUGUUGACCCAUAAUAGUGGGCUACACUUUUAAGCUUUGCUAUUGUAAGGUUGGGGAUUUUGCAAUUCUUCAUGACCUGUUUUCCCCUUGUUUGCUUCAAGUACCGAGUCUCUUGCUGCCCAUAGUUAGGCCUAAGAGGCGAAUGCCCAAAUGAGGCGAGGACCCAUUGGAGGCGAGGACCCAAAAGAGGCGAGGGCCUAAAAAAGCUUCGGUGUCCAAAUUAAAUUUUUCAAUGGUCUUUUAAAUAAUAAUUAUUAGUUUGAAGUCGAAUCCUGGUGAAUUUAGGGUUCCAAAAAGAAGCCAGCUCGAAAGCUCAUCCGCUUUCCUUAUUUUGUAUAUACGAGAACAUUUUUAUUUAAUUUUUUGUUUCUCUAUUUAGGGUUACAACCGUAAAAUCCUUUGUAUUUUAGCUCUAAGCUUUGUCGUUUUAUAAUACUGAACAAUUUGCUCGUUUGUACGAGUCCUAUUUUAUGGAAAUAAUUUGUUAUUUUGUACAUUUAGCUGAAUUGUAAAGGUUCCGAUUUAUGAACCAGGGUCCAAAUUUAAUACUUUCUCGACAAUACUUUUGGAUUUAUUUAAUAGUGUUUUAAUUGGUAUUUCAUGCCUGUAUCUAAGUAAGAAAUACUCGUGCUUUAUCGAGUUUUUGUGUUUAAUAGAAAGACGAUUUGAUAUCCGGUAAUAUGUUUACCUUCUAGGAUUAAUAUAAAAUUCCUUUGACCAGAAACAACGAUUCUUGCAAAACCAGUCCUGAGACAUAUUCCACAGAUUUUAGAAGGAAGCAAUUUUUGUGCUUAUUUUCUAUUCCUCGUCUGAAUAUUUAUUUUUUUAUUUUCAUUACCCGUGCUUUAUACAUUAUGAUUGCUGUAAAAUACAAUUACUUUAAUGGUCAAAAAUUUCAAAUCGUCUCUCGAAUGUUGCAUUUUGUUUACAUAUUCGUUUUUUUAAUUGUUUAAUUAGACUUUUUUCCUUUCCAUAUAGCUAGAUGAUGUAUAAAUUUGUUUCCCAGAGCGCCUGGACUUCAAUAGCUGCAGCCUUUGUGACAAAGAGGGCACUUCGCAAAUUCAGUUUGAUGAUAGCUUUCCAUAAGUCUACUGAUUUUCAGUUUAGGCCUUUGUCCCCACAGAAUAGAGGUUAAUGCCAAACUUGCUUUUACAUUUAAAACAGAUCAGGAAGUCAUCAUCACAAUCAUAAUGGCCUUCUUCAUCGACAUAUCAUUCCCCAAUGCCAACAAAUCAUUUCUCUACAAUUAUAUUAUUUCCUACUUAUUUGUGUUUCAUCCCAACAGGCUCACUAUUUUAAACAUUUCUGUCUAGUUUCAAAUUCUUAGUUGCAUUUUCAGUAAAUUUCUAGUUGAAGAAUCCUGAUAAAAUAGGUUUUUAUUCUUGACUUGGCUUUUCAAAGAACACAAAAAGGCCCUGAACCAUUUUGCCACAAUGUUCGUUUCGAAUACUGCUUUUCACGUGUUUUUAUAUGUACUUUUUUGGAAUUCCUAUUUAAGUAGCAAAUAUUUGUAAUGAAUUUUUCAGUGCUUAUUUAAUCACAUUGAAUGCCUUGUUUAUAUUUAAUAUCAUUUAACGCAGUUUUUCAUGACUUUUCUGGACGGUUUUGUAGUUACCAUCAAUUUUUUCCUAUGCAUUUUUAAUUCCGUAGAAUUUUUUCUCAAAUGCUAUUUACUAAUGAAAUUGUGUUGUAUAAUAACACAUUGUGAUAAAAUCAACUCGUUUUUUGUUUGUUCCUUGCGCUGAAGCCUCGAGAGUCUAUUGAGCUGAUUUUGGAGUGGAUUCGUAUUUGUAUUAAUGUUGUGGAAUUCGAAUUUUUUCGAAGAUUACACGUUUUUCUAUAAGAAAGUUGUGCUCGGUUCUUCAAAAAGUUAAGAAAGUUCAUGGCUGGAUUUUUGAAACCUAAGAAAGUUGAAAAAUUUAGAUAUUCAAAGUUUCAAAGGAAAUUGUGGUGUAAGAGUGAAAUAUUUCAACAAUACAGUAAUGUGCUGAACAGGAAUGAUUAGAAGAUUGGUGUUACUUUGAAUAGAAGUCUGUACUUUAUUCAAAACUGUGUUUUAUGAAGCAUCUUGAAAUAAUCCCAGUUGCAAUUUCCUAGUAGGUAUUUUAGAGGUCAACUAGAAUUUUAGAGACGGUUUCCAGUUUCAACUAUUUUUUAUACAAUGUCUUGAAUCGUCUAUCAACAAAUAACAUCCUGGAGCUAUUAUUACCGAGAGGGGGGGCUGGGGGGGCUUUAGCCUCCACUUUUUGCAAAAAAUGUCAAAUAUUAUGUAAGUAACUACCAGUAAAGCCUCUUCAUAUGGUGUUAGCCCCCCUUUUUUAGACCCCUUCUUUUCUCAACGCGCCGCGGUGACUGGACACCAGUUGCCAACCAAUGGGUAAAGAAUACAUUUGCACCAACCAUAGACAAAA